CCCGCAUUCCUCCGCUCGGGGUGUCAGAUCGCGUCAUGCCGGUCAUGGCGACGGUGCGUUCAUGUCCAUGAGGCGGGAAGCGCGAGCUCCUCACGCGAUUUGAAGUGAUCCCAGACAGCGAAAUCAACGAUGGCUGGCGUUUUCGACAUCGAUCUGGACCAGCCGGAGGAAAAUGUCUCCGAUGAUGAGCUGGAGGAGGCUCAGAUCAAUGACCUCAUGGAUCAGUGCAGUGGCUUUGAGUUUAACAUGGACGACUGUGAGAAGAUUGAGAUAUCAGAGGACAAUGUGAACCAAGGCACUGAGAAUAUCCGUCCAGAGUGCUUUGAACUUCUCCGUGUGUUGGGAAAAGGAGGUUAUGGAAAGGUUUUCCAGGUUCGGAAAGUAUCUGGUGCAGGAUCAGGAAAAAUAUUUGCAAUGAAAGUUUUAAAAAAGGCUAUGAUUGUACGCAACGCCAAGGACACAGCGCAUACUAAAGCAGAGAGGAACAUCUUAGAGGAAGUCAAGCAUCCUUUCAUCGUUGAUCUAAUCUAUGCCUUUCAGACGGGCGGCAAGCUUUACCUCAUCCUUGAAUACCUAAGUGGUGGGGAGCUUUUCAUGCAGCUUGAGCGAGAGGGGAUUUUCAUGGAGGACACGGCCUGCUUUUACUUGGCUGAAAUCUCUAUGGCUCUCGGACACCUGCAUCAGAAAGGCAUCAUCUACAGAGAUCUCAAACCUGAGAACAUCAUGCUCAAUAACCAAGGACAUGUAAAACUGACUGAUUUUGGGCUGUGUAAGGAGUCGAUUCAUGACGGCACAGUGACACAUACUUUCUGUGGCACUAUUGAAUACAUGUCAGACAUUAUACCAAUGAUGUAUGACAUGUUAACUGGAGCACCCCCAUUUACAGGAGAGAACCGGAAAAAAACCAUUGACAAAAUUCUUAAAUGCAAACUGAACCUCCCACCCUACCUCACACAAGAAGCCAGGGACCUUCUCAAAAGGCUACUGAAAAGAAAUGCCUCAUCUCGGCUUGGGGCUGGACCUGGAGAUGCAACAGAAGUACAGACUCAUCCCUUCUUCCGACAUGUUAAUUGGGACGACCUUCUCGCACGUAAAGUAGAACCACCAUUCAAGCCUUUCUUGGUAACUAUAGUCACUUUUUGUGGUGUGUUCUUAUGGGUUAAUUGAGUAUAUAUGAAUCGCUUGA